AUGGAAGUAAGUGACACUACAGAAUAUAUAAAAAUGGAUAUUGAUUCUAAAAAGAGAAAAAUGGAUACAGAUACUACUGAAAAAAUUGAAAUGGAUAUUGAUUCUAAAAAGAUAAGAAUAGAUAUUAAUAGCGGUGAUAUAAAAG